GUGAUCGCUAUCCCAUUCUCGCCAUUUUGAGCAGCAGUGUGUGUGAGAAAAGGGGAGCCCUUUCUUCUUACUGUCUUAGAAUACAUGGAAAGUUUAAUUGCUGAGGCCAAAGAUCGCUGAGAAUACUCGCACCAGUAUGGAGGACAGCAGUGGUGUGGCAGUCCUCAUCCCCCACACCAGGAGCCAGCAGGACACAGUCUUCAUCCCCGACCGGAUGGCAGCCUCUAUGGCCUCGUGCCUCCAGGGGGGUGAGGAUGAGCAGGCGAGCCAGCAGCCAGAGCAGCAGCAGCAGCACCACCACCACCAUCGGCAAGCGGCCGACUCUCUGAUCCAGGUGAUCGAGAAGCUCAGCAAGAUCGUGGAGAAGCGGCCGCGGCGCUGGAUCCCAGGAGGCAGGAAGAGGUUGCCUCUGGCCCGCUGCGUCUCCCCACCCGCCAGCCCCUCCAGCCAGAGGCAGCCCAGCCCCGAGCGGCCGUCGCCCUGCAAGAGGCUGCGCCAGGAGGAGGAAGCGGCGUCGGCGUCGGCGUCGUCGGCGGAGGCUGAAGGAGGUGCGGAGGCGGGCCAGGCGUCCGGGUCGGAGGCGGCGGUGGGCCGGACGGUGACGUGCUACCAGUGCAGCCUGUGCCGCUUCCUGUCCCCCACGCUGGGGGUGCUGCGUGAGCACCUGCGGCAACACAACGAGCAGCACAGCGAGCUGCUGCUCAUGUGCUCCGAGUGCCGCUUCACCUCCAGACGCCAGGACCAGCUGGAGGCCCACGUACGCCAGCACCUGGAGCACGCCGAGCAAGCCGCCGCCGCCGUCGCCGUCGCCACCGCCACCGCCAUCAGGCCCGCGGGAGGGACGGAGCCUUCCGGAAGGUCCGCGGAGGAGGUCUCGGCGUCGUGCGCUGGCGAGGCCGGGAGGAAGUGGUACAGCUACGAGAGCGGCACGUACCGCUGCCUGAUCUGCAGCUACACGUGCGUGCAGCAGCGCAUGCUCAAGACGCACGCCUGGAAGCACGCCGGCCUGGUGGACUGCUCCUACCCCAUCUUCCAGGACGAGGCCGAGCAGCCGGGACGCCGGGACGCCACCGCGACCCCGGCGCCCAGUUACGGCGCCGCCCUUCCUCACCUCCAGGAGGAGGAGGAGGAGGAGGAGGAGGACGAGGAGGAGGAGGCCGCCAUCGUGCUCCUGGCCGCAGUAGGAGAGAAGCCCCAGGCCCUGCACUCAGCGCCCGGCCUGCAGAUUGAACUGUGCGGCUCAGCGGAAGCCCUCUGUGGGGACGGAGAGGAGGUCAAGCAGAGUCUGCUGGACCAGCAGGCGUUCUCCUCCAAAGGGCACGACGCGGGCGAGGGGUCGGUGCUGGAGGUGCAGGUGGCCACGGAGACGGAGCCGGCGGCCGAGGUGGAGCUGGAGCCGGACGGACGGCAGGCGGGCAGUAGCGUUGCCGCGGCGACGGACAGCCUCCUGAGCUCGGCGCAGAAGAUCAUCAGCUGCCGCGGCAACAGCGCCGGACACGUCAACGUCAUCGUGGAGAGGCUGCCCUGCGCCGAGGCGCCCGUCACCAGCAAGCCCCUCCUCCUCAGCCCCGAGGUGGGCGGGGACAAGAACCUGCUGGCGGCCGAGGAGGUGCAGCUGGAGUUGGACGGCCAGCCCCACGCCGUCUUCUACCAGGAGCCGGAGGAGGUGGUGAUGGAGGUGAAGGAGGCGCAGGAGGAGGAGGACGAGGAGGAGGAGGAGGAAGAGGAGGAGAGCAGCUGUGCGGCGGAGCUGUCCCGAGACGAGAACGUGCCCCCGGCCCGCAGGAGGACCCACUCGGAGUCUCUGCGCCUGCACUCGCUGGCGGCCGAGGUGCUGGUCGCCAUGCCAACGCGCGCCCCGCAGAUGAGCCGGCCGGGGUUAAAGGUCACGGCCGCCGCCGCCCCGCGCCCUCCGAGUCCCGACGACACGGGCCAGCGUCCGGCAGAGACGCCCGCGCUCGCCAAUCACCAGCACAAGACCGGCCCCGCGGUGCAGCUGGCCCUGGGGGGGGACGUCCCCGACUCGCUGCUGGAGCAGCCCAGAGAGGACGGCCUGGCCGAGGGGGGGGGGCCCACCAAGGCUGCGGGCAUCAGCAUGUCCCUGCUGACCGUCAUCGAGCGGCUCCGCGAGCGCUCCGACCAGAACGCCUCGGACGAGGACAUCCUCAAAGAGCUGCAGGACAACGCCCAGAGCCAGCCCUCGGGGACCGCGUCCGGGGCGGGCAGCACGGGUACGGGCACAGUAGGCAGCGCCACCACCGCGGGGGACCCGGCCCUGCUGGCCGAGGGGGGCCUGGUGGAGUUUGUGGCGGGCAGCGAGCGCCCGUACCGGUGCCGUCUGUGCCGCUACAGCAGCGACAACAAGGGCUACCUGAAGCAGCACCUGCGGGUGCACCGCCACAAGCAGCCCUACCAGUGCCCCAUCUGUGAGCACGUGGCCCGCGACAGCAAGGACCUGGAGAGCCACACCAUCCACCACUGCAAGACUAGGACCUACGCCUGCAAGCAGUGCAGCAAGGCCUUCUACUACAAGAGUCAGCUGAGGAGUCACGAGCGAGACCAGCACGGGGUGGGCGACGCCACGGCAACGCUGACGCCCCUCGCGGAAACCACGGCGAUCACGCUCGAGGAGCCGGACAGGACGACAGAAGAAGUGCCAGAUCCAGUCAGCAGCACCCAGAGGGUGUACAAGUGCGAUGUGUGUGACUACACCAGCUCCACCUAUGUGGGCGUCAGGAACCACCGCAGGAUCCACAACUCCGAUAAGCCCUACAGGUGCUGCAGCUGUGACUUUGCCACCACCAACAUGAACAGCCUGAAGAGCCACAUGAAGAGGCACCCUUUGGAGCACCAGGCGGUCCAGCUCCUGGAACAAUACAGGUGCUCCCUCUGUGGCUACGUGUGCAGCCACCCUCCGUCCUUGAAGUCGCACAUGUGGAAGCACGCCGGGGAUCAGAACUACAACUACGAGCAAGUGAACAAGGCCAUUAAUGAAGCCAUCUCCCAGAGUGGCCGUUCUCCCACUGCCAGCCAGAAGGCGCCCGCGGUGGCAGAGCCCAAGGCCGACGCCCCCGUGGUCCUGCUGAGCAGGCAGGAGAGCCUCCCGGCGGUUCCCAGCGGACCAGCGAGGCCGGCCGCUCCCGGGGAGGGCGCCGUGGGCACGUGCGCCUGGGAGAGGCCGGAGGGAGGCGCGGGCAUCGGCAUCGGCAGCUUGCUGCCACCAGCCGCCAAGGAGCGUGCGGGCCUGGAGUACUGCAUGCUGCUCUUCUGCUGCUGCAUCUGCGGCUUCGAGUCCACCAGCAAGGAGCAGCUGCUGGAGCACAUGAAGGAGCACGAGGGAGACAUCAUCAGCAUCAUCCUCAACAAGGAGCAGCAGCAGCAGCAGCAGCAGCAGCAGCAGCAGCAAUCCCCGUCGCUGCCAGCAGAGGGCAGUGUGGAGCCGUGAGAGAGCGCACUGCCUCUGUGCCUCACCUUUCUCUCUCUCUCUCUCUCUCUCUCUCCCUCUCUCUCGCUCCCCUCACUUGUUUAUCUGUCUCUCUGUUUGUCCGUCUCUAUCCCCACACACUGGAGAGCCAGUAAAUGCUUCACACUGAGCCAGUGCACUUUACUCACACACAGAGACACACACUCAUGCAUACAUAUCAGGCGAUCAACAUGCUAGCUUAGGAAAUGGGUUGUGUUGUUUUCCCCCAAAAUGGCCUCCCAGUUCCCCCAUCAAUUUCUCCUCACCAUUGCCUUUCCUGUUCAGAAGAUGGCCUCUACCUCCCCCUUUGCAUGAACUCAAGAAAGGGUCUUGGCGGAAACAAAAAGAAGCCUCAGAUAGCCUUGUAGUGUUUACAAGCGUAGGCUAAAACAUUGUUGUACAAUAGCUGAAGUAGGGAUUUAAUAUAAGGCCUUUCAUACCUCACAUCUAGACUCAGCAUAAAUGAGCAGCUUUGCUUAGAAAAGGUUUGUAUUGCAACAAACAAAAGGCAGCUUCUCUAGUUCACUGUAAUGGUAUUUAUGCGGACAUGGUUUAGGUUGUACUGGCCUUGCUAGCCAUGUCACAGGAGUAGAGUAGAUGCUUGGGUUACGGUUUCUUUAAUCAGUUUUACUUGCAUUGAUAUUUAUCCACUUUAUUUAUAUUCCCGCAUUUAUUUCCGUUAUGUCUAUUGGCAUGCACUUGUGUGCUUUUACAGAAAUAUGUACACACACACACACAUUCAUACGCGCACACAAGAAGCACACACAGGUGCUGUGUACACACACAAGCACCCACAUAAACAUACUCAAGGAACAUCUUCGCCUUUAUGAAGGGUUGAGGGUUGCUCUUUGUUUGGUGCUCUUAAACGUUAGCCCUCUGUGAAGACUGUCCCUGAGUUGAAGGUCAGUUUGAGGAAUGUGUUCUCCACCUCAGUCGCGCCAGUAAAAUGCUAUGUAGUCCAUUGCCAUCUGCCGUUGCUGUCUUUUAAGACGCCACUCUUAGAUUGUCUCCUUGGUCGUUUGUCAACAGUAUGCUACAUCACCAGAGAACUGUAAUUUAUCUGGUAGUACAAUUGCUACUAGUAUUUAUUAUAAGAUAAUGUGUCAUUGUUUUUCGAUAACUCUGAGAUUUCCAUGAUUAUUAUUAUUAUUAUUAUUAUUAUUAUUGAAUUUCCAAGUUUUGAAAGAGAUUUGUCUUAGGAAUUAUAGUCUGUAGAGUGAGAAGUUUAAGUAUGUAAUGUAGAACCAAACCGACAGGGUCAAACCUCAGUGCGUUUGUAGUUAUUUUAUUCAACAGUUAGCCUAAAUGAGGAGCUCAUUCUCACACUGGUCCAAUUUCCCAUUUGCGCUUGGCGUUCACCUGCCUGUGAUUUCUCCUGUAUGGUCAUGGUAGACUCCGCUCAGACCAACCGAGCCGUUCAGCCCAUCUCUACCUCCACUCCCAGAUUGUCUGCCCUGAAGGCCCCUGACCUCAGUAUCUCACUCUGUGAGCGAGGAGACGUUAUUCUGUAUGCAGAAUAUUUCUCACAGAAUCAUUUGCAUUCGCCUUCUGCUGCUCGUGUCAACAGAAAGCUAUGCAAAAUCAUGGGGCUAAAAUGAAAAUCCAUAAUUCAUGGGGUUUCUUCUUUUUUUUUUUGGAAAGGAUUUGUAUAGCAAAAGUGUAUCAAAGAAAUGAAAUCGUUAUCUUUGCUGUGUCGAGGGGAAGAGGGUAAAAAAAGUCAUUAACAUACCAGAUGAUGAUUGUCUUGGCUUCAUUUACAAUUCAAAAUGAUGUGGCAAUGUGCUACUAUGGCUUGCAUGUUAAUCCAGGCCUAGCAUCCUGCUUGGCAUGACGGAAGUGCUUGGACAGGGGCAGGUGAAUUCCUUACAUGUUACCCCCUACACCCCCACACCCCCCAGGUUUCUUCUUGUGUUGUAACAUGCACGACCACUAUAAAGAGUCUUGAUGUGCAAGCCUUCUUUCAAGUUAGGAAAGCGACUGGCAUUGACUGUAUUGAUUGAGCUACCCAAGUGUUCCAUACAUUAAGCAUUCAGCACACCAAGUCUCCCUCAUUCCUCUGAACCUCUGAAAGUUGAAAGGAAAAAAAAAAGGAUCAAAGGGCAAAAGUUUUUGUUUGACUUAGCCAGUUGUAUAUGGCUUUUUUAUCUUCUUUUUUAAGCAACAAGGUUGGUGUUCGCUCCCCAUUCUCCUGAAUCUGUUUACGUGGGGACCAUGACUCCUCACAUGGACUGUGAAACCUCAAGCCUCCAUCAAGCCUUCGCACUUCCUGUCCACGGAUGCUAAAUCAAAAACAACAGUGACUGAAUGCAUUCUUACAAAUUUGAACUUUGUACAUUGAACAUUGACGAAACAUUUGUGGGCAGGUUCGCCUGGAAAAUGUCCCUUAUUCAUAUCGGCCUGGGAUGUUAACGAAUAAGAAGGAUCCUGAUGCCAUUUCAAGAAAUGAUGAGUGUUCUGAAGGGAUCCCACUUGUGUGCCUUCCAUUUUGAACCUGAAUCACAGAGAUGAUACAUGGCAGUGUUAAGCUACAUGUAAGGCUGUAAGUCAUGGGUACCAUGGAGACCCUUGUGGCAUCAUGGUAACCCUGAAUUGAGUUCUCGUUUCACUGUUGUCUUCUCUCAGUGUGGGAAGCAUCGCAAGCUAUGGUACUGUACUGGUCUGGCAUCCAACAUGUAAGAUGUAUACUGUAGAAUUGAAAACUGACAUGCUUUUGUAAAGAAUAUCUAUUUUUCUAAAUGCCUUGUUAAAACACUACAGGGAAAAAUACAAGAAUAGCCAACUUCAGAUUUUUUUUUUUUUAAGCCAAAGUAUCAAGGGGUGGUUUUCUCUUCAUUGCAUCGUAUAUGAGGGAAUGACUAGUUUUAGUAACUUAAUUUAGCACAAUGAGCUGCAUGUUUUGGUGCCAAAGGAGGGAAUGAUUUCUGAGCUCAGGGUGACUAUCAACAUGGCUCAAGUCUUCUCUCCUACAGGAUUCAAAUGUUCUCAUCAACUACAGCCAAUUCUGGCGUUAUGUUAAUGUUCAAGUUCAGCUCAGUCAAUGUAUUAUGUUAUGAUUUUGCCAAUGUAUUUUUGGUAAUAAAGGUUAAGAUAAGACCUAC